AUGCCACGGGCGCCCGACCUCGUUCAUGAUUCAAAGCUCGAGACGACAUUCAUCGCUCACGAUACCCAUCAUGUAUCGUACAAGUCAAUAACAAGUAAGCGACAGCGGAAGGUCAGGGUGGACGAGGUAUGGUGUCGGAAAAGAAGAAUUGGUGACGGUACCUACGGUCGCGUAUGGCUUGAAUCAUGUACCGAGGGGCCCCAAGCAGGAGAAUUGCGGGCAGUGAAGGAGAUAUCAAAGAUACAGGCAAACAACGCCGAGACUGACUAUACGAGAGAGUUGGAGGCCAUCAUGAAAUUCUCCCAGACCAAGGCAAGUCUUCGCCCAGCAAGGCAUCUGCACUUCGUGCUUUUUCACGUGCUAAACUCCAGAUAUGAAUCUUCAGUCUAUAUUGCCAUGGAAUACGUGGAGCACGGCGAUCUUCAAAAACGACUCACUCAGCCUUAUGCGGAAAUCGAGGUACAAUCCAUCGCUUCGCAACUACUAGAAGGACUUCAAUUCAUGCAUGAAAACGGGUUCACGCAUCGCGAUUUAAAGCCCAGCAACAUCCUGGUGUUGCAUCCAUCUCCAGAUUGGUGGGUGAAGAUUGGAGAUUUUGGAAUCAGUAAAAGAGUCGAGGAGGACUCAACGUAUAUGCGGACAAUGAUUGGAACUAUAGGUUAUCUAGCCCCGGAAAUCAUUGGCCUCUUUCCAAUCACGGAUGAUCCUGCAGACCAAGAUGAAAAGAAAUCAUAUACAUCCGCUGUUGAUAUAUGGGCUCUUGGGGAGAUAUGUUUCAAGUUGAUUACAAAUCGACCUGCGUUCUCGGCGCCGAGAGAGCUAUUUAACUAUGUGACGCGAGGUUACGACUUUCCGCAAGCUCUGCUUCACGAGGCAAAUGUGAGCAAGAAUUGCGUCAGAUUCAUCAAAAUGGCAAUGUCACCAUCCGCAGCCAAUAGACUCUCGGCAAAUGACGGCUUGAGGUGUGCUUGGAUGAGUGCUGAAGGGAGGGAGGAAGCGAUUGGCCAAACUCGGUUGAAAGAACAGCACGAAGGUGCAUCAAGCCUUGCAUAUUUGCCAACUUUUGAAGCCACGGCCCAAUGGAGCACUCUCUCCGCUGUUACGCCGUUGUCACCAAUGUAUGGGGCUCCAAUAGCAGACCGAAAAGGGGGAUCUAGAGCAGCCUCUCCGUCCAGAAUGGGGGUCGACUUAAAGAAGGCCCCUCCUCUACCUUCGCCGACCGAGCUUAUGACGAAUAUCUCCAACGUGCACGAGAAGAAGGACAAGCCACACAUCUCAAUCCCAGACGACGGAACUCCAGUUACCGUCCGCACCCGCGGCCACAGGGAAAACCGCUCGCAAACAUCGCUUUUGAUUGAGUAUUUUGAAGGCGGCAAGAGCUCCGUCCGCCCCGAGGGCGUAACAACUACCGGGCACAAGCCUAGUGUAAGAGUGCGCUCAACGCCUUCCAAGGGCGGACGUGACAAAAACGACCACAUCCAGACAACCCAAAUGUCGAGGUCGGCUCGAAGGUCUUCGAGGUCGAAGCGAGCGCACCAAGACCCGUUAGUGCCCAGUCGCAGCGAGCUGGAUAUCAUCGAUUCCAAGGAUACCGAAAGGUCGCACUUAUACGCUGCAGCAACGGAAAAGAAUAGUAUUUCACACCAUUCUGAAAACGACCAUUAUCAGAUAUUCGAAACGUCGAGGCCGGCUCGAAAGUCUUCGGGGUCGAAGCGGGCGCACCAAGACCCGUUAGUGCCCAGUCGCAGCGAGCUGGAUAUCAUCGAUUCCAAGGAUACCAAAAGUUUGCACUUAUACGCUGCAGCAAGAGAACCCAUAGCUCCAGACCCCAAGUUGGACGACCCGAUCUCACCAUCAGGAGACAUCUUCAAGAACCCUAAAUUGCUUGAGUCAGUCGAGGAUGCCAUCCGGAGACUUAUUCUCCCCGAACUAGAAAGCUUGAAAAGGGAACAGCGCCAGCGAAAAAUGAAAAAGCUCAAGGAGUAG